AUGCCACUUGAUUUACGAAAACUACUCAAAAAUUAUUUUCUACUUGACUUUGUUCUAUUUGGGGCUUCAUUUAAAGAUUUUAUUAAACCAAUUCUUGAUAAUAUUCGCCAAUUACAAUCUAGAAAAAUUAUAAAUAUUUUGGAAAAAGAAAUAUGGCUUAUUAGUGGACUUGGCUUUAUUACAGCCAAUUUGCCACAAGACAGAUAUUUACAAUUACUACAAGAUGCUUAUCAUGCACUUUCUAGUAAAGCUACAUAUCUUAUAGAUAUAACUCUUAAAUAUUUAAAUACUAAUAGAGAAGUAGUUGAAGCAAAACUGCUUAAGUUGGCUUUCUCAACAACAAUAACAAAUAACACUUAUAAGGAGCUUCGCAACAUAUUUGAAAACUUACCUAAUGUUCAUGUAAAUGUCUAUUUGCUACAACAUGCUCGUAUAUUUGCAACUCUUGUGAACACAUCUGUUGGAGUCAAAGAAAUGGUAUACAGAACAUACAAAAAUAUUGUACCACAUAUUAAUUACAAAAAUAUUGAACUAGAUCUCCUUCGGCGAUAUAAUACCUCAUUUGCAUUAACUCACUUAUUUGAUA